AUGGAUCUGCUUUACUCUGCUCCUUCGGAAUUCAGCGAUUCAAUGAGCAGCAGCGUCGACAUUUAUGGCAGCUUCUCUGACGCAUCGUCGACAGUUCGAGGAAGUAUCCAAACGCCAGCGAAGCAUGCGGCAGCUGUACUGGUGCAGAAUGAGAACUAUCUUUUGGAAGUGCAGAAAAUCCUCCGCUUCAUCAGCACAGGUCUGCGGCGGUUGCAGGACCAUCCCGCCCUUGUGGUCAGGCGUGGCUUUGUGGAUCCGGUGCAGAUGGAGACCGGCCUUAAGAUGCUGCAGUUUAUGAAGGCUCCAGCGGCUCGUGCUCAGGCCGUGUGCACCCGGGCUGUGGGCGCAGCCCGGGUGCAGGCCCGCAAACUCAAGAAGAGCUACAUUGCCCUCAUUGUGGCGGAGAUCAAGAGCUCUGCGGACAUCCUACACGGCUGCGUCCACGAGCUGGUCAAUAUCAAGAACCAAUUGCAGGAUGCCAUGGAGAGGUGCGGGCUGAUCAUGGAGGUGUGA